AUGAAGGUACCGCUAUUUAUAUUUGCUUUAAUUAUAAGCUACGUUAUAGGAGACUCUAUCAAAUAUGCGGAAAAAAGGUUUCCUAAGAAAGUUAGACCUUACGGUAGCGGGAAGAUUCUGAUCAAUUCUAAGUAUGAAUCUAAGGCUAAAACUAAACCAAAAAGUGCCGUCAGCCUUCCGACGACGGCGGCGAAGACGUAUACAGUUUUCCAAAUUGUAUCCCACGGCAUGUCUAAGAUGGUCGAGGGAGUUCCUGACAGUCCGUACUUCCCAAUCGAUGAAGGAUUUAAUCAUAAAUCCAGAGUGAAGAAAAUCUUACCCGAUUACGCUUGGGCGGCGGGAAGAGUCAAAAGAGGCGCCGUCAAUGAAAAAAUUAAUACAACAACGACCGACAAUAAAACGGAAGCAGAACAAAAAACGACCCCUUUACCAAAAACAACCGUCAACCAAAGCCAAAAACAACCAGGUAAAGUAGAAUCUCCAUCGAUGAGAAGCCAACCAGAGAAAGCUGUAGGCGCUAAAGAAGUAAAAAAAGAAACCUCGAUCACUACUAAAGCUGGAAAGAAAACAGACACUAAAAAGCAAGCCGCACCGGUAAAUGGGGCUAAAACAAACAAAAACAACGAAUCCAAAACUACGGAUAAAUUAAAAACUACAGCCAAAAGUAAAAUAAAACCCACAAAUGACAAUCGUAAGACAAAAGCAAAACCGAAAGGUGUUAGGAAAGGUGUUAGUGGCAAAAACACAACAGGUAAAUCAAAGUCGACAAAUGCUAAAACUAAGCCUAAGGGGAAAGGCGCAAAACGUACAUCUAAACCGAAAGCAAAAAAAUUGGCUAACGCUAACAAACUUAAGGCGAACGGUACAGCGAAAGGAACUGGAUCUAAGAAUAAGAAAAAGGACAACAAACGUAAUGGUGGGAAGAGUCCACAGAGACGCAAGAGCCAAGGCAAAGGUAAAUCUAAGGCUAAGAAGAGCGCUAAAUCCAAAUCAAAUAACGCAACGCGCACUGCAGCGAAGAAACCAAAAGCUACGCGUCGGCUGAUCGCGGCGAGAGAGGCGGUCAUUGAAGACUAUCCCUAUGUGGUGUCCAUUCAGAAGGAUGACCAGCAUUGGUGCACCGGGGCACUGCUGAAUCCGCGCCUUGUGAUAACCACGGCCAAUUGUCUUUGGAAAGCCACCCGCGUGUCUCGCAUGGAAGUGAGAGCUGGUUCCCGCUACAUCGACCGAGGUGGUCAGAUGGCAGCCAUUCAAGAGGUGAUGAAACACCCGGGCUGGGGACUGCGAAAGAGUCCGGAUAACGACGUCGCACUUCUACUGUUGGAUAGGAAUAUAAAGUUUUCAGAUUCAGUGCACGGCAUAGAUCUGCCGAACAGGGUGAUGUUACCACCGUUUGAUGAUGCCUGGGUGACCAGUUGGGGUUCGGAGCGGCGUGACGGUAUCUACGACUCUGAAUCUUCAACGUUACAAGUCUACCACACGAGGCUGAUGAACCACGACAAAUGUAACAACGUCACCAUGAGGUUCAGCGUCAUCGUAUCCGAGAACUUCAUCUGUCUGGCGCAAAGCGGCCGGUCAGGUCCUUGCACUAGAGACACCGGGGCGCCAGCAGUAAGUGAUGGUAUUCUGUGGGGCCUUGCAUCUUGGGGUAUUAGGAAAUUGUGCGGAACAGAGCGAUUCCCAUCGAUGUUCUCAUACCUCGCAUCACAUUCGAACCUAGACUUCAUUGCAAAUGCGACACGAUUCCUGAUGGCGGACAAACGAUACUAUCCAUUCGUCGACAGGUUCCCGAAUCUAAACUGA